AUGGGCUCCAACACUUCGCUGCUCGCGCGCUGCGGCGACGCCCGCCCAGGUCUCGUCGCAGUCGAGCCUGACGGCGGCGAAGCCUCGCUCAAAUUCACACUCGUUGACUACCAGCUCGCGCUCCAGGCUUGCGCCGCGCCUACCCGCUACCGCCUUACCGUGCGCCAUAGCGGCCCGGCCUCCGACCUGCGUUGCGGUGCCCGCAAUGUGCGCGGCUCGCCCUCUUACAUGCCUCUCCCCGUCCAGUACUUAUCAGCUGGCGAUCCCAACCUCGUUUCAGCUUCGGUCUCAAUAGCGGGCUUGCUCGAGUCGCCUGGGCUUUACACCGUCGAGGCUGUUCUCUGCAAAGACACAGUGUUUUCCGCCGCAGUACUGAUCGAGCGUCCACAGAAAAGCAAGAGUGCGGUCCUGCCGACGGCCACGCAGUCGCAUACGAAGCCGCAAGCUGAGCAGACUUCUCAACCUGCGCAUUCCUCAUCAACCGAGUCCGUUCCGCGCACAGAGGCUUCGCUGCAAAAGCCUGGAAUGCCUCCAAGCCCGCGGGGGUCUCCUGCUCCAUUCACCUUCCCCCCUGAUGGCCCGCAGUUUAGGACUCUAAUUGCGCAGUGUGAAGGAAUUGUUCCGCAGCUUAGGACGGACCUUAAGAUGUGCUUAGAACGGUCUUCUCGUGUGUGCGACCUGCUCGCGGCCGCAACAAAGGAAUUAACUGGUCUGAUAUCAAACUUACAAAGCCUCGACACAUUUUCCCCGAGCCUUUCACCUCAUUUCCAUAAAACAGUUACCGCACUAAGGAGCUCGCUGAGCUCUCAAUCUCAGUCUCUUUCACGGCUUGCUUGCCUCCUCCAAAACCACUUUAAUACCCCCGCGCACACAUACGUUACCUCUUUGGAUUCGAAGCAACUGGCUUCGCGCCACAAAAUUUACCACGACCAGGCUAAACUAUUUUACUCUUAUAUGGGCAAAAACCUUUCAAGCGCGGAUUCGGCAAAUCUUUCCAAGAAGAUUCAAUUUGAACUGCACCGUCUUGACUUUUUUAUUUAUUUGACUGGCCUUUUUAAUGGGCCCGCUGCCAGAAAGCUCAUAUAUGAGUGGUCUCGAUUUCCCUCUAGCGUUUUCCCGAAUUCGUCAUCUUCGGCACUGCUCCUUCAAGAGACAGCUCAGUACCAAUCUGAUUUUAAGGCCCGCAAGGCUCAAAUGAACGCCCAGAGAGAGAAAAUUUCUCGGUCAAGGUCUUUUUCCGACUUUUCUGCUCAAGUCUCCACCCAAUCUCACAAGGUAUUCAAAGAAGGCAUCCUGUGGACUUACAAGGGGCAUGGAAAAUCUUCCGGAUGGCAUAAACAAUGGGUUGUCUUGAAGGACUCAACACUCUCGGAAUAUUCAGAUUGGAAAACUCAAGGUAAAAAACUAUCACAUCCUCCGCUCAGCCUCACAUUCGCGUGCAUAAAGAGGCAUGAAAGCGGCAACUACAAUGCAUUCGAGAUUAUAACAACUACUGGUGUGACACGCGCAUUUAGAGCAGAAAGCAAAAGUGACUUGGAUCAAUGGGUCCAGCUCUUACAAAUAGCUGUAGGGUUAGGGACCCAAACGCCUUCACCAGAAGAAGAGUCGGAUACAUUGACACCCUUAAGUAUUGUGGCCAGUGUUGAUAAUUGUAACAAAAUAUGCUGCGACUGCGGUGGCACGAGCCAAGUUGAAUGGAUAAGCAUAAAUUUACUUUGCGUUAUUUGUAUCAAAUGCUCCGCUGUUCACAGAUCUCUAGGCUCGCACAUCUCGAAAGUACGAUCCCUUAAGCUCGAUUCGUUUACUUCUAAAGAGAUUCUAGAGCUAUUAAAAUUUGUGUCGAACAAAAACCUGAACUCAAUUUAUGAAGCUGAAUUGCCCAAAAGGCAGGUUACAUCUGACUCCAGUAAUGAAGAACGCACAGCCUUCAUCUCGGACAAAUACGUCAAGAAAAGAUAUGUUUCGCCACUACAAGAACAAGAGCCCGAAGCAGUUCAGAAAAGGCUACAUCACAAUUUAAUCAAGAGCAUUCACCUCAACAGCAUUUACCUUUUACAGCAGUGUUUAGCUCAGGGCGUCGACAUUAACAGCGUUAAACUGGAUAAUGGUGAAACGGUAUUUCAAUACUCGCUUCAGCAUUAUAUGGGGACUAAGACUGAGCCCAUUUUCUUCAUCACUGAGUUCUUGCUGCUAAAUGGCCUGCAAGUUGGACGGCUUCCGCGAGAUGCAUCAUCUCUUUCGAAGACUGAAUACAACUAUUGGAAGUCCAAAGCCGAAACGAACGGCGUUUACAGUACCAAGCCCCUUGUAAGAAGUGCCACCACUAGAGAAACGUUUAAGAGCAUGGCUAGAAUUGAUACCAGUGGACCUAGCCCUCCACAGUCAAGACAGGCAUCAUCAGCUUCAGAAACGUCAGAUAGUGGUAGUAAGAGAUGGAGCAUCGGAGGCGCUAUGACUUUGUCGUCCCCUGUAUCAGCUUCUCUUUCAACACCCAAGUCGCGCAACAUAAAAUUCCCUAAGCUUCAUGGAGGCAAAAGUCAUUAA